GUUAAAUGAUCUCCCACACGUGCCGCCUAUCACUCCUUUUCUGUUUGUUUGCUAAGCUAAUCUACUUGCCUUCAUGCAUGGAAUUCUCCUCCAACUACAUAGAAAGAGUCAUCAUCAUCGUCAUGCUUAUUAGCUAGUAGCAAGUGGCAGCAACCCCAUUUCUUCUAAAUCUGAUUUUAUUUUUUGUUUUCCUUUUUCACUCCACCCCUAUUAAAUUUUGAUCAGUAUUAUUCUACUUGGUAACGCAAAUUAAGGGGUCUCUCCCCUUUUUGUGGGUCGGAUCUUGUACUUAUACAACUCAGUCUCACAUCUCAUCAUCUUCAUUCUCUUCUCUUCUCAUCAUGAAUUUGUGAUCUGAAUUUGUUAUGAUCAUGGAAUAUAUGUUUGUGAUAUAGUUUGCUUCUCAAGAUCAGAUUCACAUCAUACCAAAUUCAUGGAGAGGAGAUAUGUGUGCAGGUACUGCUUCAAGAGGUUUCCUUGUGGGAAGUCUCUUGGUGGUCACAUCAGGACCCAUAUGACUCAAGAAAGAAAUGAUCAUAAUAAUGAUAAUGCUGCUGCAGCUGAUAGUGACAUGCUCAAGUUGGAUAUUGGUGAGAUCAGAAUGAAGCAGCAGAACAAGAAGAGAGAUUUGUCAUGGUCUCAAACUGGGAGCAGUAGUACUACAAUUUAUGGUCUCAGAGAGAAUCCCAAGAAAACAAUGAGGUUUUUGCAUCCUGAUCAUCAUGUUGCCACCACCACCUUGGAACAGGAUGAGAAGUUCUGCAAAGAAUGUGGGAAAGGCUUCCCUUCAUUGAAAGCUCUCUGUGGUCACAUGGCUAGCCACUCUGACAAACACAAAUCUGAAGAAGAGAUUGAGAAACUUGUUCUAGUGGAUAGUCAAUCUGAUACUACUGAGACUUGUAAUUCAACACCUCAGAGGAGAUCCAAGAGAAUGAAGAGGUUCAAGUCUCUUAACCCUUCUUCCUCUGUUGUUGAUUGUUCUUCACCUGUGUCAGAGGUUGAGCAGGAGCAGGAAGAGGUAGCUAUGUGCUUGAUGCUGUUGUCCAGAGAUUCUAGUCACAGGUUUCAUUUCGUUUCUGAAUCUUCUGAUAACAACUCAGUUGUUCUAGAGCAUAGAUCAUUCUCUCCUUAUGGUAACAACUUUGUCUCUAAUCAACUUAAGGAGAAGAAGCUUCUAAUCAAUGAUGUCAAGCUUAAGUCUUUUGAUAAUUCAGAUUCUAGAUAUUACAGAUAUGGUUCCAAAACCAAAAUGGCAGACUAUGAUGAUGUUUCAAAUGAUGAACUUAAGUGGUCAAAGGUAGGAGAAAAGUCUGGAUUUGAUGAGGAACAUGAUUUUGAACUGAAUAGGGGAAGAAGCAAAUAUGCAACUCUAUAUAAGAAAUUAAUGUUGGAGGAUUUGGAGUAUGAUAGAUCAGAUGAAACUUCAAGGAAGUUUGAUUCAAGAAAAAGAGCUCAAAAUUUUGUUGGCAAUUCUAUCAAGAAGACAGCUAAUGGUUUCACCAAUGAUGAAGAAAUCUAUGAGUUCUUGGAUGGUGAAAGAGACAGUGACCUUUAUUCAACAAAUGAGAGUGAUGAAAACAGUUCAGAGAGUGAUUCUUUUACUGCUCCAAGGUCUCAAAAUGGAAAGAAGACCAACAAUACUAAGAAGAAGAAGUUGAAGACAAAGAAAAGCAAGGAACAUGAGUGCCCAAUCUGCUACAGAAUUUUCAAGUCAGGACAAGCAUUAGGGGGGCAUAAAAGAUCCCAUUUCAUUGGAGGUAAUAACUCUCAAGAAAACAAUAACACUUUGGUGAUUAAACAAGGUGCUGUUCCUUGCCUCAUUGAUCUCAAUUUACCUGCUCCUGAUGAUGAUUAAAGUAAACAAACAUUCUGGUGAUUUGGAAUGAGGUACCUGAAUGACUGAAUGUCUCGAAUUCUUAGAAUGAUUUGUCAUUAUCUCCCCCAUAUGAUGAAAGCAAUUGCAAUGUACAGACAGCCAUGUGGGUAAAAUGAUUUUUUGUUCUUAACAUUUUGUGUCCUUUAUUUGGUAGGUGGUAGCUGUUUUUCCUUUCACUUUAAUGGAACAUGACAAUUUGCUACUCUCUCAAUUCAAGAUUUUGUUUCUUCCUACAUCCAACAAUUUUAUCAGAAUUUCAUUUCUUUGCUGGGAAUUAUGAUAGGUUCACUUUUCUCUGA